AUGAAAAUUGCCAGUGGAUGGAGAGAGCGGCUGAGAAAGAUGAGCACAGGCAAGCGACUUACGGUCUUGGUCACAAUAUUUGUUUUACUGACAUGGCAUAGCGACGCGUUGUUAAAGCCAUUGGCUAACAACGGUAGAAAAAUCGAUCAAAGCUCGUCGCUUUUGUUUCUCGCACCCCGCAACACUCAGGCUGAUAGCGAGGGUUCGAACAUUGGCUUGACAAAAAUAACCAGAAGGACGCUAUGUCAUGAAUUAACAAUGCUGCCUGCGCUUGUAGGUUACACAAUUUUUCUACCGGCAGGAGUACUUGCUGCACAGCCUAUAACUCAAGGCGAAGCCGACAACGUCGGCGCCAGGAUUCAACGCACUCUACGACCAAAGCCAACGAAAAUAUUACGCCCAAAACUCGAUAAAGAUUUUGCUGUCAUGCUAAUGAGAUCGUCAUACAACGUAUUAGAUGACUUGGAUUGUGUGCCAAUGGAACAGUUUCAGCGAGACUUCUUCAUUAUUCGAUCAGCCGAGUACGAACCAUACAUAAAGAACCUUGGCUAUGGCCUGGUACAGCAGGGAGAUUUGACGGAUCCUUAUUACUUUGAUUUCAUUAGCUUUGCUCAGUAUCUUACCAUAAACAGAGAAUUAACGCAGAGCCCAUUGAUGGUGUAUGAAGAAAUGCAACCAGUUGACGUGAGCGUAGGCGAACCCCAGCAAUUUGUUUCCAAGAUUGUUCGCCGCAAUCCGGACAUCACCAAUGAUCAAUUAGUACCAGAACACAGUAGGCGGGUCGGUGCGGCUAUCCUUGAUCGUUUCGAAGACCUGUACGGUUCCACCAAGUCCGAGAUACCCUUGAUCAAUGCGGGGAGUCGCCCAAGUGCAGGAGCUGUGUCUUCAAUUCAACUGAACCCGCAUCAAUGUAUCUGUGCAAAUCAAGUUAUUGACGCCUUUGAUCAGCUUGUCAAGAUCUUUCUGCUCAACGGCUAUGCGUGGGAUGGUAUGGCCAAAAUAGUCUCAUCGGGACCAAAAGGGACAGAGUUUUGUCUGACACUCAUUUCUCCGGCAACAAUAUGGGGUGGACAAUCACUACAAUUUGGGAAAAACAAACUACAGAACAAUUUUCUGUAA